CAAAUGACCAAAAGGCUAUUGGUAACCUAUGCUCUUUGGGCAAGGGGUCCCAUUGGAUUCCAUUAUCUAUACUUGGGUCGUGAUGGCCAUGCCUUGUUGUGAAUGCUUACUUUGGGAGGUGGUAGGUUGGGUUGGCUCUUGGAAUUCUGGAAGCUCCCCAGCUUUGUGGCACAAGCCAACCAACCCCUAGGGCAAAAGAACCAUGAAGACUUGAUACCCAGUCUAAACCCAUUGCGCUUUAUUGCCCAGAUCCUGGUGGGCAUCUAUUUUGGCUUUGUGGCCCUGAUUGGCCUCUCCUUCAUGACAAGUUCCUAUAUUGUGGGUCUUACAUUAUCUGUUGUUUUAGGGGUAUUGUUAGUAGCCACUGUGGGCAACCAGACUUCUGACUUUAAUACUUUAAGGGCAGCAUUUCUGACCUCUCCUCUUUUCUAUGGCCGCCCCAUAGCCAUUCUACUCAUUAGGCUGGCUGCCAGCAUUAUAGCACAGAGAGAUCGUCACUACAAGGCCCAUAUGGGUGCAGAGACUCUCACUCACCCAGAGACUUACCUAGGAUUUGCUUACCUGGCUUUCAUGGGUCCCGUAGCUUACAGCAUCUUCUGCAACAUAACUGCAACUCUCCAGUGUGUAACAGAGACCCUUGGCUCCUUCUUGUAUUGGUUUACCUUCUUCCCUAUCUUCAGCUGGCUCUUGGGGGGAUAUCCUGUUUUUGGCAGCACCUCCUUCCAGGAGAAGUUGUUUGAUUUUAUCAGAAGCUUUCAGGAUGAGAAACAGCAGCUAGCUUACCAAGUGUUGGGCCUUAGUGAUGGGGCAACAUUUGAUGAAAUCAAUCAGAGUUACCAGGAAUUAGUGAAGAUUUGGCACCCAGAUCACAACAGACACGAAGUAGAGGAAGCUCAAAGAUAUUGCUUAGAGAUCCAGGCUGCUUAUGAAAUCUUCAGUAAGUCUAGGAAGUACAGAGACUCAAGAGAAGUUGGAAAAAAAAAAGGCAAUGAGAUAUUAAGAAGCCUUCCUUUGCCAUGGACUCUUCCUGGAAAACUAUCUCUUGCCUUCUUUCUUGUCAUUAUCCUGCACGCUGUCUCCCCCAUCAGACUGCAAGCUUCAUCUCUGCCGUUUGUGAACCCUCGUCGCUUACCCCCAGAAAGGAAAUGCUUGAUGAAUAAGGAGCAGAGAGCCUUACGGCUGCCCCCAGCCUCGGCAGGAAACCCCGCCGUGCACGUCCCAGCGCAGGAGCGGGAGAGAGCAAGACUGGGCGGGUUGGUGAGACGCCGCAGGCGGCGCCCCCUAGCGGGCGCUCCGGAGAAGGGUCGGCUCUUUCCGCCGCUGGAACUCGGAUCUCCGCGCCAGCCCGCUCUUCGGGCAAAGACGAUUCUGCGCGUGCGCGUGCGCGUGCGCGUGCGCGACCCCUCCCAUCUCGGCUUCUUCCCCCCAAUCUCUCACUGUCCGCCUCGGCUGAGCGCUCGCCGCCUCCGAACUCACGCGUAUCUCGACAAGCCUGUUGCCCACGGUUCUCUCGCUACCCCUCCCCCCCGCCCUGCCCCCGCCUUCCCAACGGCCUCGAGCUUGGCGCCGCGGGUUCGCGCCAACGCGGGCACGCGCCCGGCUCGCUAA